GAUCUUGGCUCACCGCAACCUCCGCCUCCUGGGUUCAGGCAGUUCUGCCUCAGCCUCCUGAGUAGCUGGGAUUACAGGCAUGCGCCACCAUGCCCAGCUAAUUUUUGUAUUUUUAGUAGAGAUGGGUUUCACCAUGUUGACCAGGAUGGUCUCCAUCUCUUGACCUCGUGAGCCACUGCGCCCAGCCUGAUUCUGUGUUUCUGACAAAUUCAGAGGAGAUGCUGAUGCUGCUGGCUUAGGGUUCACACUUUGAGAACCAACACUGUCGGGUGGGGGAGGGACCUUUUUCAGAUGAAGAAAGUAAACCCUCAUAGAUAUUAAGUAAUGCAGCCGGGUGUGAUGGUCAUGCCUGUAAUCCCAGCAGUAUGGGAGGCGGAGGCAAAUAAGUCACCUGACAUGAGAAGUUCAAGACCAGCCUGGCAGCAUGGUGAAACCCUGUCUCUAUUAAAAAUACAAAGUUAGCUGGGCGUGGUGGCAGGCACCUUGUAAUCCCAGCUACUGGGGAGGCUGAGGCAGGAGAGUCGCUUGAUCCCAGGAGGCAGAGGUUACAGUGAGCUGAGAUCACACCACUGCGCUCCAGCCUGGGCAACAAGAGCAAAACUCCGUCUCCAAAAAAGAAAGAAGCACGUAGAGCUGGGGUUGACACACUUUCAUGCAAAGGGCCAGGUAGUAAGUAUCUUCACCUCUGUGGGCCAGACAGCUACUCUGUUUGCCACUGAACCACAAACCACCCAUAGGUAAUAUGUAAGUGAAUAAGCAUGGGGGUGUUCCACUAAAACUUUCUUUAAUAAAAAAGUAUAGGCCAGGUGUGGUAUCUCUCGCCUGUAAUCUUGGCAGUUUGAGAGGUCAGGGCAGGUGGAUCGCCUGAGCUCAGGCCUGUGAAAGCAGCCUGGACAACGUGGUGAAACCCUGUCUCUGUUAAAAAUAGAAACAUUAGCCAUGGUGGUCACCUGUAGUCCCAGCUACUCGGAGGCUGAGGGAUGAGAAUUGCUUGAACCUGGGAGGUGGAGGUUGCAGUGAGCUGAGAUCACACCAUUGUGCUCCAACCUGGGUGACAGAGCAGACUCAGUCUCAAAAAACAAGAACAGCAAAGGCAGCAGAUAAAUGUAGUUUUAACCCUGUCCAUUUAUUUGUCCCCCAAGAAAACAUGCUGGAGUGCACAUGAGUGAGCUUGAAUGUACUCUAAAUUAUUUGUAAAAGAUUAUUCUCAAACUUUGAUACUUACAGCUAAGAGAUUACUUAUAACUUACCUUGUGACCGGAACUGUUAAGAUGUAUUCAAACACCAGGCUAUCAAGACUAAGGAUACACAGGUUGAGAAUCCCUGAACCGCAAUUUGGAAAUGCUGUAAAAUCCAAACUUCUUGAGCACAGAUGUGAGGCCACAAGUGGAAAAUUCCACACUUGACCUCCUGUGAUGGGUCAAGGUAAAAAAGCAGUCAAAACCUUGUUUCAUGUAUGAAACUGUCAAACGUCAUGUAUAAAGUUGACCACAGGCAGGUGUGUGAGGUAUACAUGAGACAAUGGAGUUUGUGUUUAGACUUGAUACAUCCCCAAGAUACAUCAUUAUGUAUAUGUGGUUUUUUUUAAAAACCAGAAAGCGCCUCUAAAAUCCGAAACACUUCCGAUCCCAAACAUUUUGGAUAAGGGAUACUCAACCUGUAUUUUGUUUCCCUGGGAUUUGCAACAGUUCUGUUUAGAUAAUGGUGACAAGUGUUAAAUUACUUUAUGUUUAAAAACUUUUAUUGCUUUGAAUUUUAGAGAUCUCUCUGUAUCUUUUCUUUUCCUUUUCUUUUUUUUUUGAGAUAGAAUCUUGCUGUGUUGCCCAGGCUGGAGUGCAUGGUGCAGUGGUGCGAUUGUGGCUCAAUACAGCCUCCAGUUUUUAGGCUCAGGCAAUUCUCCUGCCUCAGCCUCCUGAGUAGCUGGGACUACAGGAACCCACCACCAUGCCUGGCUAAUUUUUGUAUUUUUAGUAGAGAUGGGGUUUCACCAUGUUGACCAGGCUGGUCUUGAAUUCCUUACCUCUUGAUCCACCCGCCUCAGCCUCCCCUGGGAUUACAGGUGUGAGCCAUGGGCCCAGCCGACAUCCACUGCCUUGAUAUGGAUAUUCACAGCUUCCUGCCUGAGGAGAUGGUAAUGGACCAAGAACCAACUCCCCAUUCCUUGAAGAUUUCAGAGAUUUAAAACAAUCUCCAACACCAAACACAACUCUUAGCAAAAGCUGCCUUGAAGCAGAUGGGUAAGAGAGGUCACCACAUUCCUCGUCUUUGUGACACCACAGAGCAGCUUCCACUCUAAGGAGGCAGGAACAUGAGCUGUUGCUUUCUCUUAAGGUUUGAAACUCAGGUGCCUUAUUUUCCCCCAUGUGUUCUUCCAUUAGUAGCCACCAUGCCUGGCCAUCUCUCUGUAUUUUUUCUUCAUCGAUUUAGAUUUGUUUCCACUGUGGCAAAUCAGCGAUGAUAGAAUGUAGUGUAAUCUGGAAAGUGGAAUGGCAAUGUGGUGAAAUACACCAGACAGUAUAUUGGCAGGCGCAGGAGUCUGGGUCUUCUCCCCCCAAGAACACAGCAAGGUGUUCUUGCUUCGUUUCUCAGUGAUGCCCCUCACUUUUGAAAAUGAGGUUACUGGUAAACAUGUCUGUGUCUUCCUGGUGGCGACAUACACUGAUGGCCGACCAACCGAAAGCGCAGAGUGGUUUUGCAGCUGGUUAGAGGACGCGUCCCGUGAUUUUCGAUUCGGCAAAACUUACCUGAAGGGUAUGAGAUACGCGGUGUUUGGCCUGGGAAAUUCUGCCUAUGCCAGCCACUUCAACAAGGUUGGCAAAAACGUUGACAAGUGGCUCUGGAUGCUUGGUGCGCAUCGCGUGGUGAGUCGAGGGGAGGGUGACUGCGAUGUGGUUAAAAGCAAGCAUGGCAGCAUCGAGGCCGACUUCAGAGCCUGGAAGGCCAUGUUCAUCUCCCAGCUGCAGGCACUUCAGAAAGGGGAGAGAAAGAAGUCCUGUGGCGGCCACUGCAAGAAAGGCAAAUGUAAAUCUCAGCAACAUGGCUCAGAGGAGAGGGAGGAAGGCUCUCUCGAGCAGGAUGAAUUACAUCACAGAGAUACCGAGGAGGAAGAACCCUCCGAGGGCUCCAGUGGAGAAGAGUUUGGUGGUGAGGACCAGCAGAGUGUAAAUUCCAUUGUUGAUGUUGAAGAUCUUGGCAAAAUAAUGGAUCAUAUGAAGAAAGAAAAGAGAGAAAAGGAACAGCAGGAAGCGAAGACUAGUUUGUUGGUGAACAUGGGGAGGAACGAAGAUGGUGAAGGAAGAGCUAUGAUAACUCCUGCUCUCCGAGAAGCCCUUACUAAACAAGGUUAUCAGUUGAUUGGGAGCCACUCUGGGGUGAAGCUUUGCAGGUGGACAAAGUCGAUGCUCCGGGGGAGAGGAGGUUGUUACAAACACACAUUCUAUGGAAUUGAGAGCCAUCGCUGCAUGGAAACCACUCCGAGCUUGGCGUGUGCUAAUAAAUGUGUCUUCUGUUGGCGGCACCACACCAACCCAGUGGGCACUGCAUGGCGGUGGAAGAUGGACCAGCCUGAAAUGAUCUUGAAGGAAGCCAUCGAAAACCAUCAGAACAUGAUUAAGCAGUUUAAAGGAGUCCCUGGUGUCAAAGCAGAGCGCUUUGAAGAAGGAAUGGCGGUAAAGCACUGCGCGUUGUCCCUCGUGGGAGAGCCAAUUAUGUACCCAGAGAUCAACAGCUUUUUGAAGUUACUCCACCAGCGUAGAAUCUCCAGUUUCUUGGUGACAAAUGCACAGUUCCCUGCAGAAAUCAGGAACCUCAAGCCAGUUACUCAGCUGUAUGUCAGUGUGGAUGCCAGCACCAAAGAAAGUCUGAAGAAAAUCGACCGCCCACUCUUCAAGGAUUUCUGGCAGAGAUUCCUUGACAGUUUAAAAGCCUUGGCAGCCAAGCAACAACGAACUGUCUACAGACUGACGCUUGUGAAAGCGUGGAACGUGGACGAGCUCCAGGCCUACGCGCAGCUCGUGUCCCUGGGGAAUCCUGACUUCAUCGAAGUGAAGGGUGUUACCUACUGUGGAGAAAGUUCAGCAAGCAGUCUUACCAUGGCCCACGUGCCCUGGCAUGAGGAAGUGGUGCAGUUUGUCCUUGAGCUGGUGGAUCUGAUCCCUGACUAUGAGAUUGCAUGUGAACACGAACACUCUAACUGCCUCCUGAUAGCGCACAAAAAGUUUAAGAUUGGUAGUGAAUGGUGGACCUGGAUCGAUUAUAACCGCUUCCAGGAGCUCAUCCAGGAAUACGAAGAUAGCGGUGGAUCAAAAACUUUCAGCGCAAAGGAUUAUAUGGCCAGAACUCCUCACUGGGCAUUAUUUGGUGCCAGUGAAAGAGGCUUUGAUCCCAAGGACACAAGACAUCAGAGAAAGAACAAAUCAAAGGCUAUUUCUGGAUGUUGAGAUUAUCUGAUUUCAGGGUACUGAAAGAGAAAAACUUGGAUGGCCCCAAAAGGUCCUUGAACACCACUGUGAUUCUUCCAAGGCCGAGUUACUUAAAUUAUACCUUCAUGCAAAGGAGAUGAUAAGACAGUAAACACGGGGACACGGAGGCCUGGGACACAGCCCUGAUGUUUUUUUUUCAGAUCUCAACCCCUUUCCCGAUUUUACUUCUAAAAGGAAAAUGAUUUGGGGUGGAACUACACAGUCGUCAUUAGAAUUUAACUGAUAGUUUUGUAUUAUGACGUUUAAGACCUGUCAGAAUGCUAGGCCCGAGAGCGACAGACCAGGAAGAAAUGCCUGGGCCUCUUCCUCUUCCCAGGCCCUUGGCCUUUCAUGGAGUAGCUACUUAGCACUGAACUGCACUACCCUGAGCUAAACUUAACACCUGCUCCUUCUAAGAUAAAAGCUUGAUCCCUUUCUUCGAUCUUAAGACAGCACCUGCCGAAAGAAUCGAAGUUGUCACAACUCUCAAUUACUUUUAAAUACUGCAUAGACUGAGUUUUGGCUUGUUACCAACCCUUCACGAAAUUACAUCGGAUCUAAAACUGUGCUAGAUCUCAUCCCAUUCCCAUAUAAAUUACCACAGACCACAGAGCGGAGUACAGCUGUCUGCUCUCAGAGGAGCUGCCAUGUCAGAGCCUGGAGCCUGCAGUCUCACAAGCACACUUCGCACUGAAGAGGAUCAUUUCCUUUUUGUUUAGGAGGUCCCCGUCCAGGCCUCAUAUCAUGAUGUGACGGCAGGCAGGUCUCCAUCUUCUUUCACUCCGGUGGCCCCCGCUGCUUUACACAGUCUGUUCUUUAAGGUUCAAGUGUUUUCAAGUUGGAGAGAUCAGAAACACUCAAAGUUGUUUUCAGAUUACCAGCUUCUUUUACCAGUCUUUUAUGCAAAAGCUGAAUUAAUAAAAUAAUCUUUUGUAAAGA